AUGGCAGACUACUACAACCCGGGAGGCUAUCCACCCCCGCCGGGCAGUGGCCAGAACACCUAUCCGCCGCCGCCCAGGCAAGAUCGUUACGAAGGCAACCAAGGCUACGCUUCGUCGGGACCGCAGGGUUCGUACGGCUACCAACCCGCGCGCGAGGACCAGUACAACUACUCCCCGCGCUCAUCCGCCAUGCAAGUAGGGCAGUACGCCGGGUCUGAGUUCGAGCAUGGGCGCCAACGCCGAAACUCAGGACCAUAUGCCGCGAGCCAAUAUCGCGGCACAGAAGCCUCCUAUCACGGCCCUCCAUCCGACUAUGACGACCGUCCCAGCUCUCGAAGUUCGCGAAGAUCCGGUCGAAGAACCGAGAAACAUGGACAUCAUGAUGGAGCAAAGGAACUCGGCGCCACAAUUGCCGGCGGGGCGAUUGGCGGAUGGGCCGGGCACGAAAUCGGACACAAAAAUCCCCUGGUGACGGUCGGGGCGGCUCUUGCGGGUGCCUAUGCCGGACACAAGCUGGAGAAGAAACACGAGGACAGCAAAGAAAGGAAGCGAGAACGGCGCGCGAGUCAAGGCGGCGGUUAUCGCGACUACGACGAAGGACGUCGCAGCAGGAGCCGUAGCCUCGGCCGCAGUCGCAGUCGUAGUCGCAGUCACAGUCGCAGCGUUCCCAGAAGAAGAUCAGUCAGCAGAAGGAGCAGAAGCGAGAGUAGCAGUGACUAUGACAGCGAUGACAGCAGACGCAGAAGACACCACCGCCGUUGA